AUGGCUGCAAUGAAUCCGGAAUAUGACUACCUCUUCAAACUUCUUCUCAUUGGUGACUCUGGAGUUGGAAAAUCUUGUCUUCUGCUUCGAUUCGCCGACGAUACUUACACCGAGUCAUACAUUUCCACCAUUGGAGUAGAUUUCUGGGAUACGGCAGGUCAAGAACGUUUCCGCACUAUCACAUCAAGCUAUUAUCGAGGUGCUCACGGAAUAAUUGUUGUUUACGACAUCACUGAUCAAGUGGGUGUUUUGAAUAAUUCUAUUCUGAUUUCUAUUUCAAGUCUUGCAACGUUUCCUUCCAUGUUCCUCACAAUUGUUCAGCAAGUGGCCAAGGAGGAGUCGUUCAAUAACGUGAAGCAGUGGCUACAGGAAAUCGAUCGAUACGCUUGCGAGAACGUUAACAAGCUAUUGGUUGGAAAUAAGUGCGACCUAACCGCUAAGAGAGCUGUUGAAACCCAGGCUGCUAAGGCGUUCUUGACAAUGGCAUCGGAGAUUAAGUCACGCAUGGGUCCUGUGCAAGGAGCAGGCGGCGCUCCCGCUGUGCGCAUUACAGGUUCCCAGCCUGUGCAGGACAAGAAGAGCGGUGGAUGUUGCUGA